AUGCGGUUCCUCCCUAAGUUCUCGUCCAACGACAACGAUGUCGUUGACGAAGUCGCCCAUAAGGAUGCCGAGAAUACCGGCCCAGAGAACAAGGAGGCAGGAGUGGUAACGGAAAAGAUCGACUCCGAUUAUGAGAAUGAACAAAUUGCGAAGGCCGAAUACCAACAUGGAGACGAGGCAAUCCGGGCCACGACCCAGGCUUGGUCCAAGUACCAUCUCUACGCCUCCUACUUUCUGAUCUGGCUCAUCUGCUUCGUUCAGGCUUUCUCGGCCGGUAUCAUCGGUACUAUGACUCCGUAUGUCACCAGUAGCUUUCAAUACCACUCUCUCACUGCCACUAUGAGCAUCGCUGCAAGCCUUGUCUCCGGUUUGAUCAAGCUUCCUUUCGCCAAACUCCUCAAUAUCUGGGGCCGCCCUCAAGCCUUUGGUAUUAUGAUCAUCAUAGUCACCAUGGGUAUCGUCAUGAUGGCUGCUUGCAACAAUGUCGAGACCUAUGCUGCUGCUCUUGUCUUCUACAAUGUUGGAUACAGCACCAUCAGUUUCGCCACUACCAUUCUCAUCGCGGAUACCUCGGCUCUGAAGAGUCGAGCUUUGGCUAUUGCCGUCUCCGCAACUCCCUAUCUGUUCACUGUCUGGGCUUAUGGGCCCGCUGCUGAGAGAAUCCUGGCCGACGGAGGAAUAGGUUUCCGAUGGGGUAUUGGCAUCUGGGCCAUCAUCUACCCCGUUGUGUGCGUCCCUCUAUUCGCUCUCUUGUACUACUACCAGAAGAAGGCUGAGAAGCUGGGCAUGAUCAAGAGGGAGCCUAGUGGCCGCACCUUUACACAAUCUUGCGUUCACUGGUUCAAUGAGUUCGAUAUCUUCGGUAUCCUCAUUCUUGCUACAGGCUUGGCCCUUUUCCUGCUUGCAUUUGCCAUCUACUCGUACCAGGCGGACACUUGGAAAUCGCCUCUCAUUAUUUGCUUCAUCAUCUUCGGAGCACUCCUCAUCAUCGGUUUCGUCGUCUGGGAGAGAUGGUUUGCACCAGUCACCUUCAUUCCCUGGAGAUUGAUCGCCAACCGGACCGUCUUCUUCACAUACACCAUGGUAGCAAGCAUCUACUGUGCGUGGUACAUUUGGGACAACUACUUCUACUCCUUCCUCAUUGUGGUGUUCGACGAAUCCGUCACCAAUGCCACGUAUAUCACCAACAUCUAUACCAUGGGCUCGACCCUUGCCUCUCUCAUCAUGGGCGUUGUCAUCUACUACAACGGUCGUCUUAAGUGGCAGGCUCUUUACUUUGGUGUGCCUCUGACCAUCCUCGGUGUUGGACUGAUGAUCCACUUCCGAAACCCCGACUCCCCAAUCGGCUACAUUGUCAUGUGCCAAAUCUUCAUUGCCUUCGGCGGUGGCGUCCUUGUCAUCUGUGAGCAAAUGACCAUCAUGGCCGUCUGCUCUCAGGGUGAAAUCCCAAGUCUCAUGGCCAUGGAGACCAUGAUUUCCUCAGUCGGUGGAUCCAUUGGCAGCGCUAUUGCUGCUGGUAUGUGGACAGGUAUCUUCCCCGUCAAGCUACUGGAAUACCUUCCCGCAGAGUCCCAGGGAGACUUCGCUUCCAUCUAUGGCGACCUCACAGUCCAGUCCGGUUACCCUGUUGGAUCUGCCACCCGGGACGGCAUCAACCUUGCUUAUAGUGAGACCCAGCGCCUCAUGCUGAUCACGGCCACUUGUCUGUACAUCAUCACCUUGGGCUCUGUUCUCAUGUGGAAGGACGUCAACGUGAAGAAGAUCAACCAGGUCAAGGGUACUGUCUUUUAA